AUGUCUGCCGCUGCCGCCUCCCCCGAGCUGGUGCCCUGCAUCGUCGACAACAAGCCGUUUGCCACGCCGUCGAGCUUCCCGCUCGUGGACCCGCAGGACCGCAAGACGAUUCUGCACAACGUCGCCACGCUGCCCGCGACGUCUGUCGGCGAUGUCGUGGCCUCGUCGCGGCGCGCAUUCGAGGCGUGGCGCGACACACCGCUCAAGGAGCGCCGCAAGCUGCUGCACAAGGCGGCUGCCCUGUUUGAGGAGCGCAUCCCCGAGCUGAUCCAGAUCGAGGCGAGCGAGACGACGGCCAGCGCGGGUUUCGCUGCCUUUGACGUCGGCUACCUCGCGGCCGAUGCGAUCAACGAGACGCCCAACAGCAUGGCGGCUGCCCUGCGUGGGGAGAUGGCGCCCGCCGACGCGAGCGGCAAGCGCAUGCUCGUCACGCGCGAGCCCCUCGGCUGCGUGCUCUCGAUUGUGCCCUGGAAUGCACCCAGCACGCUGUGCAUGCGCGCCAUCGUCAACCCGCUCGCUGCGGGCAACGUCGUCGUGCUCAAGACGUCGGAGCACAGCCCCAAGAUCCACUCGGCCAUUGCCCGCGUCUUCAUCGACGCCGGCCUGCCUGCCGGUGUGCUCAACGUCAUCCACGUGUCGCCCCAGGACGCGCCGGCGGUGACCAAGGCGCUCAUCGAGGAGGAGUUUGUGCGCAAGGUCAACUUCACGGGUUCCACGCGCAUCGGCCGCAUCAUCGCCCGCCUCUGUGCCGAAAACCUCAAGCCGGUCGUGCUCGAGCUCGGCGGCAAGGCGCCCGUCAUUGUCACGCAGGAGGCCGACAUCGCCGUCGCGGCCAACAACGUCGUCUUCGGCAGCCUCAUCAACCAGGGCCAGGUGUGCAUGUCGACGGCCAACGUCAUCGUCCACAAGUCCGUCCGUGCCGAGUUUGAGGCUGCCGUCCAGGCCAUCUUUGCUAGCCAGGGCGCCCUGCUGACGGCGUCGGCCAAGCGCAACUCGGCCGGUGCGCCCGACGCAAAGGACCACCGUCUCCGUGCCCUCUUUACCACUUCCUCUGCCGACCGGGUCAAGGCGCUGUACGACGACGCCAUCUCGGGUGGUGCCCAGAUCGUCGCUGGCCAGCCAGGCUUCGACCUGGAUCUCGGCGUGGUGCAGCCCGUGCUGCUGCGCGGCAGCGAAAAGAUGAAAAUCUUCCGCGAGGAGGCCUUUGCGCCCCUCGUCGGCCUUUUCGAGUACGAGACCGACGACGAGGCGAUCCGCAUGGCCAAUGCGCCGGGCGCCGGCCUCUCGUCGAGCAUCUUUUGCGGCGACGAGACAAAGGCGUGGAAGCUGGCCCGGCGCAUCGAGAGCGGCGCCGUGCACAUCAAUGCGCCCAGCGUCCACGACGACCACUUUGUCCCCCACGGCGGCUUCAAGACGUCUGGCUACGGCCGCUUCAACGGCGUCGACGGCGUGCGCGAGUUCACGCUCCAGAAGACCGUCACCUUCAGCCCGGGCACCCAGAUACCCUUCUUCAUCAUGUGA